AUGAAUCAUGAGGUAGGAAGUCGUGCACGGAAAGCUCUCGUGGAAAUGGGACAAAAAGCAGCAACGAAUGAAGUAAUUAAUAAACUUCUGAGUCUACUUGAUCAUACGAAUGUUGGCGUCAGAAUGAGUGCGUGCGACAUUCUCGGAGAAAUCGGUGAAAGAGCAGCAACCGAUGAAGUGAUUAAUAAACUUCUGAUUCUACUUGAUGAUAGAGAUGAUAGCGUCAUAAGUAAGGCGUGCUACGCUCUCGCUAAAAUGGGUGAAAAAGCAAUGAGCCAUGAAGUGAUUAAUAGACUCUCGAUUCUACUUGAUGAUAGAGAUCCUGUCGUCAGAAGACAUGCGUGCGACGCUCUCGCUAAAAUGGGUAAAAAAGUAGCAACCGAUGAAGUGAUUAAUAGACUCUCGAUUCUACUUGUUGAUAGAGAUCGUGGCGUCAGAAGAUGUGCGUGCGACGCUCUCGCUAAAAUGGGUGAAAAAGCAGCGAUCGAUGAAGUGAUUAAGAAACUUUUGAUUCGACUUAGUGAUAUGAAUGAUCAAGUCACAAUUAUGGCGUGCGAGGCUCUCAAGAAUAUGGUGUUGAUUGACAAUGCUAUAGCUGCUUUAAGUAGCAUUGACGAGCAGAGUAUUGAAAUUUCUGGUGAUACAUUAAGAGUAUUUGGCGAUAUAUUACUAGAAUCUCCGAAUACGCAAUUACGUUGCGCAGCUAAAAGAGCUUUAGAGAAUAUCAGUAAGAAUCAACAAUUGCCUAAGAUAAUAAGUGAUAUAUUAAAACUUGAGCAAUGUGGUCAAGCUUUACAUGAAAGAUUCGAAAAUGCAAAAGGGAAUGAAUUUGUACAAAAACUACUUAUUGCUGCUAAAGACAGGCAGCAGUAUUUAACUGGAAAUAAUUUUCGUGAUGAAACUCGAGUCCAAGAUAAGUUAGUAGAAGACUAUUUACUAUUCGUAUUAACAACUAUCAAUAAUCAAGAGUUCAUAGGAAAAGUAACUCAUGAAUUACAGAAUAAAGUUAAUCAUUUAAUAACAGAGAAAGAACAAGAAUAUGAACUAAGAGUUAUAGAAGAAGGAUUAAAUGACUCUGAAGCGGAAACAAAUGCGUUAAAUUUACAGUGGAUAAAGAAAAUGAAAAAUACAGCCAUCUUCAGCAACAAAGAUAAUUUAUCUCUUGGAAAUUUUGCUAGUGCUCACCCUCACCCUCAUCCCCCUAAUUAUCCAAAUUUGCAGCAACUAACGUACAAAUUGAAUACUUUAAAUAGUAUACUCGAAAAGAAGCUAGAUAAGUUAGGCGAAGAGCAGUUAGUUGAGUCUAUAAAAAUAUUGAAUGAUAUCGCGAAAUAUACUUCACUGCCAAGUCCAUUAAUAGGAAAUAUAUUAAAGAAUUUGGUAAAUCUGUUGAUUCAGUCUAACAAUGACGAUGUCAUUGUAAAUGCAGAAUACACUAUAAUUACAAUUAUAAGUAGUAAUGAAGUUGACAUAAGUGAUAUCAUUUGUAUUACUCAAAUUUUAAAUGAACAACUAAAUACGAAUAUUGUUGAGCCAUUUAUAACAAAUGAAGCACUAGUCAAUCUAGGAAAGAUACUAGAUAGUAACGAUAAUAAAGCACAGCAUAAAGCGAUCUAUAUCUUAGGUUAUCCGGCAGAAUGUGGGCAACAAUUACCUCAAGAGGUGAUUGAGAGUUUGGUGAAAGUGUUAAAUGAUACGAAUGAUCGUGCAAUUCAGGCUGUCGAGUUAAAUAUUGCUGAACAGAAUGAUGAGAUAGAAAAAUUUUAUCUCAAUCUGAAUACUUUUGAAAAAGCUAAUAAUUACACAGUCUAUAGUGAAGAACGUGAUAGAAUAUUAGAAUUAUUGACCGAGAAAAAGAAACCGAUACCAUCUUACUUUGACACAAAUCAAUGA